UGAGCCAAUGAACACGCACGUCGGUGCACGUGCGGGGACGCCCAUGACGCAGCCAGCACGUAGGCUUUAUCAAGCUUCUUCCCGCGCGGCAGCUUCCCCACUCGCGCUCCUGCUCGGCGUUAGCAGAUCUUGCACCGUUUUCAUUUCUUCAUUUGCAGGACUCGAAUUCGCUGCCAUGUCCUCUGAAGAAGGGAAGCUCUUCGUGGGAGGCCUCAACUUCAACACCGACGAGCAGGCUCUGGAAGACCACUUUAGCAGCUUCGGGCCUAUCUCUGAGGUGGUCGUUGUAAAGGACCGAGAGACUCAGAGAUCCCGGGGUUUUGGCUUCAUCACCUUCACCAACCCAGAGCAUGCUUCAGAUGCCAUGAGGGCCAUGAAUGGAGAGUCUCUGGAUGGUCGCCAGAUUCGUGUGGACCAUGCAGGCAAGUCAGCUCGAGGAACCAGAGGGGGUUCUUUUGGGGCCCACGGACGUGGUCGCAGUUACUCUAGAGGUGGUGGGGACCAAGGUUAUGGGAGCAGCAGGUACGACAGCAGACCUGGAGGAUACGGCUAUGGCUAUGGAAGGUCCAGAGACUACGGUGGCAGAAACCAGGGUGGUUAUGACCGCUACUCAGGAGGAAAUUACAGAGACAAUUACGACAACUGAGGAGGCACAUGCACCUAAAAUGUAGAUUCACAAGGAAUAAAACUUCUGAUCCAGGAUCAUCCUUCCAAAUGGCUGUAUUUAUAAAGGUUUUUGGAGCUGCACUCAGACAACUGUUUUAGUAUCUCAACUUCUCUUUUUUAAUUGAGCUCCCAAGGUAGCUUGUUAAAAGACCUAGAAAGCUCCACAUGUUUUCUAAAAUGUUUUUCCUGUUUAAACACAAAUUGAGACAUUUGUAGAUUCUGGGUGUUUUUUUUUCUUUUUUCUAGGUUUUUUUGUUGUUGGUUUGGUUGGGCUCAGGAUUUUUCAAAACAAUGAAUCUAUGGACAUUUUUUUGAAACCUGUACACAAUGCUUGUCUUAGGAAACAAUUUCAAAAUAUAACUAAAAGUCAGCAUAAGAACAUAAUUACUUGAGUUGUUUUUUUACUCAAGAUCACUACCCGGCCUAUAGAAGUUUCCUCAAAUAUUGCGUGUCAUUUCUUUUUAAUACUGGAAGAAAAAAUAUUCUGUUGUGUUUUGUGUAGCACUUAGUAGGAUGUCCUUUAAGGAACUGAUUAAAAAGUUGAAACCUGAAAACAAA